UGUAAUUUCAUAUGGUUUCCGCUGCUACGGUUCCGCACACACACUAUUAAAUUAUUUUUCUUUUUUUUCAGAAUGACGCUGAACCUCUAGAUUAUACCAUGGACACGCUUUUACUGGGCCGUCAACAGAGCAGUAAUGCCGGCGGAUCUCCAAACUACGACCACGGCGUCGCAAGCAGCGACGACGACUUCCCCUCGACGUCCACACCGAUGGGGGCGGUCCGACGCAGCGGGGGCAGCAGCGGCGGCCUAUCCGUGAGCAGCGAACCGACUCCCACCGGGGGCAGUGGAGGCAGAUCGAAAGCCACCCCUUCCGCUCUCUAUCAUGGUAGUUGGCCGCAUGUGGAGAGACCGAUGUGGAGUUCGGAACCCACCGGAAUCGGAGCCAAGGGUCAGCACAGAGAUGGGGGCAGAGCGGAUCAUUUGGGAAAUCAGAUGGUGAGUGAGGAGGUAACAAGCGUGAUGAGCUUCGCCUCAAGUUCCGGCGGCGCCCCGCUGGACCGAUCGUUAGGCAGUCCAGAAAGAAAGUGGCCUUCACAACAACUGGAGGCCAAAAUGGACGUCGUUCAUGGCCUACUAGCCGUCUUGGCGGGCCAAGAGCGAGUAGAUAUGGGUGAAACGCUCUUGGCCCUCAGUGGUUGCCCGGAGAGUUGUCUGGCUAUGCGUCAAUCAGGUUGUAUUCCUCUCCUAGUCCAACUAGUGCAGUCAGACAGAGACGCCGAGACAAGGAGAAAAGCCUCUCAAGCACUGCACAACUUAGUCAAUUCACAACCCGAUGAAAAAUUACGAAAACGGGAGAGCAGGGUAUUGAAACUGUUAGACCAAUGUAGAGCUUACACUGAAGCCUUACGAAACGGGACCGAGUACCAAUCUCCUGACAGUACUAAUUCAGAAGAUAAUGACAAACAUCCUGUACAAACAGUGGCGCAUCUGAUGAAACUGUCAUUUGACGAAGGUCAUAGGCAAGCCAUAUGCCAGUUGGGAGGGAUACAUACCAUAGCUUGCAUUGUUGAGGUUUGUCAUGAUUAA